UACGGUGCAACCCUGUGCAACAAUAUGGAUCGUAUCAGCCGUAAUUGCCCUGUUUUAUAGCACUUUUUGACGCAGAAAAAUGUGGAUACCGACUGAACAUGAGAAAUAUGGCAUUGUGCUGGCAAAUUUUCGAGGAACGGUGCAGCAUGGACUCCCCCUGGAAAUCGGAGACACAGUGCAGAUUUUGGAGAAAUGUGAAGGAUGGUACAGAGGAUUCAUCACAAAGAAUCCAAAUGUAAAGGGAAUAUUCCCAAGCUCUUACAUCCACCUGAAAAAUGCCCAUGUCAGGAAUAAAGGGCAGUUUGAGACCGUCUUCCCAACUGAGGACUCGGUCAUUACAGAGAUAACAAUGACCUUGAGAGACUGGGGCACCAUGUGGAAACAGCUCUACAUGAGAAAUGAAGGGGAUCUGUUUCACAGACUGUGGCAUGUAAUGAAUGAGAUACUGGAGUUGCGGCAGCAGGUUUUAGUUGGUCACCUCACCAACGACCGAAUGAGCGACAUCAAACAGCACAUAACAGCACGACUGGACUGGGGCAAUGAGCAGCUGGGUCUGGACCUGGUCCCCAGGAGGGACUUCGGUAUGGUGGACCCUGAUGAGAUCAGCGUCACCGAGCUGUAUCGGCUGAUGGAGAGGCGUCAUCGGAGACACGAGACUCCACCGCAGGCCAGUAUGCACCACCUGUUCCUUCAGAUGAAGAGCAUGAUGAGCUCAAACCUGGGGGAGGAGCUGGAGGUCUUCUUCUAUGUCUAUGACAGCCGGGAAAUGCAGCCAAUCAGCGAGAGGUUCUUUGUGCGCCUCAAUAAGCAAGGGCUACCCAAGUCCCCUGAGAAAACAGAGAGGCAGUGUACACUCUUUGUUGAUUUGGGAAGUAGCGAUCUUCGCAAAGAUGUGUAUGUUGUAGCUCAUAUUUUUAGAAUAGGGCGAAUGGUCGCGGGAGAGAAGAAGAAUGUGAGUAACACACAAUACAAACGUCCAUACGGUUGUGCCGUCAUCAGUGUGGCCGACCUGUUAACGGCAGACUUCAAAGAUGACCACUUGCUGAAGAUUUACUCAUGUAACACAGAGAGCGAGUGGUACCAAAUCCAUGACAGCAUUAUCAGGAAGGUCAGCUCACGAUACAGCCACAUUGGCUCCAAUACAGGCCUUAAUGUCUCCCUCCAGCUGUUGCAUGGAGACAUGGAGCAGAUUCGUAAGGAUUACAUGCGUCUUUUCACUCGUAACGUCUCCAUUACUAAGAAACUGGGUUUCUCUGAUAUCAUUAUACCAGGUGAAGUAAGGAAUGACCUGUAUGUGACCCUAGAGAGAGGUGAAUUUGAGAAAGGUGGAAAGAGUGUGGCACGUAACGUGGAAGUCACCGUCUAUCUGCUGGCAGGUGAUGGACAGGUUCUUAAGGGUCUGGUUUGCUGCGGCUCUGGGGAGCCGGGAAUGGAUGAGCACCGCUCUUUUGUCUUGUAUCACAGUAACAACCCUCGCUGGGCAGAACAUAUCAAACUGCCUAUUCCUUUGGAGAUGUUCCGCGGCACACAUUUACGCUUCGAGCUCAGGCACUGCUCCACAAAGGAGAAAGGAGAGAGGAAGCUUUUUGGCUUCUCUUUUGUCCCUCUGAUGCAGGACAAUGGGAGACCACUGCCUGAUGGGACGCAUGAGCUCAUUGUCCAUAAGUGUGAGGAGACAGCAGAUCUUCAGGAUCCUGCUCAGUACCUCAAACUGCCCUUUUCUAAAGUAAGUCUCCAGCCGGGCAACAACCAGACAAUAAAGAACAGCAAAGAGUCCUUCUGGAUCCAGUCUUCUCUCUGCUCCACUAAACUCACUCAGAAUGGGGACAUGUUGGACCUGUUGAAAUGGAGAGUUCAUCCAGACCGGAUCAUUGACUGCCUCUCCAAACUGAAGGACAUUGAUGGCACUGAGAUUUUUAAGUUUUUACAGGACAUCCUGGACACUCUAUUUGCGAUUUUAGAUGACAGUCCCCAGCGAUAUGGACUAAAGGUGUUUGACUGCCUGGUGCAUGUUAUAAAUUUGCUGCAGGACAGCAAGUUCCAGCUCUUCAAACCUGUUAUGGACAACUAUAUUGAGAAUCACUUUGCCGGUGCCCUGUCCUACAGGGAUUUGAUUCGUGUUCUGAAGUGGUAUGUGGAUCGUAUCAUUGAUGCCGAGCACCAGGAACAGAUCCAGCAAGUUUUGAAGGCAUCUGAGUACUUGUUUAAGCACAUUGUGCAGUCUCGGCGUCUGUACGCAGCAGCCACCGGAGGACAGAACGAAGAGGAAUUCCGCUGCUCUGUCCACGAGCUCUUCAAGUCCAUCCACCUGUUCCUGUCUCACGAGACUAAGGGCAUCAGCCCCAUCACACACACCCAGGCUGUGUUCCUGAGAUCGUUCCCGACUGUGUACUGCGAACUGCUAAAGAUAUUCAGCAUGAGAGAGGUGGCAAAUCUGGCCCGUGACACGCUGAGCAGCCUGCCCGCCCUGACGCACACCGACUGCCCCCUACAGGCCGUCAAACUGCAGUGCAUGGCCAAGACUGUUGAGAGUCCACUUUAUGUCAACCCAGAGUCAAGGUGUGUGUUGUUGCCGGUAGUGCUGCGUCUGCUGCACACACACCUGCAGGAGCAGAAAGAGCUGGUUCUGUGCGCCAACAUCCUGACCGGCAUGCUGACGCUCAACACACCCACUACAGAGAGUGGCGCAUCUGAGGAGGUGAAUUUGGUCAUGGAGAGUCUGUCUGGUGUGUUACUCAGAACUAUACUGGAAGUGACCAACCGCCCUCAGCCUGCCGCCACCUCCCUGCGCCUGCAGUACCAAGAUGUUACUGGUGAAUUUGUUGCCUGCUUGCUCACUCUACUGAGGCAGCUGAAAGAUAAAGAAUACCAACAACUUCUCAGCAGGUUCCCCACUAAAGACGAACUAACGAGUUUUCUCCUGCAGUUGUUCACUGUCUUUCGAAUACUUAUCCGACCAGAUAUGUUUCCUAAAGACUGGACUGUCAUGAGACUUGUCGCUAAUAACGUGAUCAUCACCACUAUCCUGUACCUCUCCGAUACUCUGCGCAACAACUUCCUUAAUGAGAAAUUUGACUUCAAGGUAUGGGAGUCCUAUUUUUAUCUCUGUAUAAUAUUCAUCAACCAGCCUUGCCUCCAGCUCGAGAUGUUCCCGCCCUCCAAGAGGAAAAAAGUCCUGGAGAAGUAUGGCGACAUGAGAGUAAUGAUCGGUUGUGAAAUCUUCAGCAUGUGGCAGCAUUUGGGUGACUAUAAGCUAAAUCUUAUUCCCACCCUGAUUGGUCCAUUUAUGGAGGUGACUCUGGUACCACAGAUGGACCUGCGGAAUGUUCUCAUCCCCAUUUUCCACGAUAUGAUGGACUGUGAACAGAGACGAAGUGGCAACUUCAAACAGGUGGAGGCCAAACUGAUCGACAAACUAGACGGUCUGUUGUCAGAAGGCAAAGGAGACGAGACAUACAGAGAACUCUUUAACAACAUAAUUCCAUUGUUUGGUCCAUAUCCAAGUCUCCUGAAAAAGAUAGAGAGAGAGACCUGGAGAGAGAGCGGCAUUUCCCACAUCGCUACUGUCACACGUCUUAUGGAAAGAUUAUUGGAUUACAGGGACUGUAUGAAGAUCGGAGAGGUUGAUGGAAAAACGAUGGGAUGUACAGUCAACCUUCUGAACUUCUACAAAACCGAGUUAAAUAAAGAAGAGAUGUACAUCCGUUAUAUUCACAAGCUCUAUGAGCUGCACCUGAAGGCACAGAAUUACACGGAGGCGUCGUACACCCUCCUGCUGUAUGAUGAGCUGUUGGAGUGGACUGAACGGCCCCUCAGAGAGUUCCUGACGUACCCCAUGCAGAGCGAGUGGCACAGAAAGGAAUGCCUCCAUCUCACCAUUAUACACAAUUUUGACAGGGGGAAAUGCUGGGAAAACUGCAUCAUUCUGUGUCGAGAGCUGGCCAAUCAGUACGAGACUUAUUACGAUUACAGGAACCUCAGCAAAAUGAGGAUGAUGGAAGCCUCGUUUUAUGACAAAAUAAUAAACCAGCAGCGGCUAGAGCCCGAGUUCUUCAGGAUCGGCUUCUACGGCAAGAAGUUCCCCUUCUUUUUAAGGAAUAAAGAGUUUGUGUGUCGAGGGAAUGAUUACGAGCGUCUGGAGGCAUUUCAGCAGAGGAUGCUCGGUGAGUUUCCUCACGCCAUCGCCAUGCAGCACGCUAACCUGCCCGACCAGACUAUCCACCAGGCAGAUGCGCAGUAUUUGCAGAUCUAUGCUGUUAGUCCUGUUCCUGAAAACCAGGAUGUCCUGCAGAGAGAUGGAGUUCCCAAUAACAUCAAGAGCUUUUACAAAGUCAACCAUAUUUGGAGGUUCCGCUAUGACAGACCUUUUCACAAGGGCACCAAAGACAAGGAGAAUGAGUUUAAGAGCCUGUGGGUUGAAAGGACAACACUGACCCUCGCUCAAAGUCUUCCUGGCAUCUCUCGCUGGUUUGAAGUUGAGAAAAGGGAAUUGGUGGAGAUGAGUCCCUUGGAGAAUGCCAGCGAAGUGAUUGAAAAUAAGACGCUUCAGUUGAGAACGCUGAUCGCUCAGUGUCAGAUGAGGCAGAUGCUAAACAUCAACCCUCUUACCAUGUGCCUGAACGGAGUCAUCGAUGCCGCUGUCAACGGAGGACUGGCCCGAUACCAGGAGGCAUUCUUUGCGAAAGAUUACAUCGCAAAUCAUCCAGAGGACGGAGAAAAAAUUACUCGUCUUAGGGAACUGAUGUUUGAACAGGCCCAUAUUUUGGAAUUUGGUUUGGCAGUGCACGAGAAAUUCGUCCCGCAGGAUAUGAAGCCAUUACAUAAAAAGCUUGUAGACCAAUUUCAUGUAAUGCGCUCCAGUCUGGGAAUUCAACCGCAAGAGUUUCCUGCUUACGUACGAGUUAGUCCAUUGCAUUUAGCCAAUGGCAGUCCACGCACCUGUAGGACCCCUGUACCUAAUACCAUCAGCCCAGAGGGAGGCAGAAUCGUGGCAAGACGAAGUCCUCUCAGCUAUCCAGCCGUCAACAGAUACUCCUCAUCCUCAUUGUCAUCACAGGCCUCAAAUGAAGUGAGCAACAUCACCGGCCAAUCAGAGAGCUCAGAUGAGGUCUUCAACAUGCAGCCCAGUCCUUCUACCUCAAGUCUCAGCUCAAAUCACUCUGGUUCACACAAUGUAAACAGCUCUGCCCCCUCCAGCAAUAGAGCCUCUCCACUGCCGUCUGACAAGCACAAGCACUCCAGAGAUAACACCUGUCUCUCUCCACGGGACAGACUCUGCAGUGGCAUGUUUCCCAGCCCGCUGGAUCCCACACAGAGGAUGAUUCCAUUCCAAAUCCCAGUGGAUACAGCAUUAGCACGAUGUGAAACCAAUCUACCAACACCUGAGAUGGGAUCUCUUUGCAAGAAUGUUAGGUCACUUUCUCCCAUGCCAACAGCAAGGUCCCCUCAGAAGUCAAUGGUCCCACCCCUCACGCCCUCCCCAACUGACGGCUUGCCGAUGGGGAGCCUGGCAUCUCACUCACCUGCCCGCUCUGGCAGCUACAGCAGUGGCAUCUCCUCCCUCAGCCGCUGCAGUGUCUCUGAAACCUGCGGGAUCGACCUCACGCAACCCGACCCUCCUCUGCCCCCCGCUGUUCCCACAGAGGUGCCCAUUCGCCGUGGCAGCAAGACCCCUCCGCCCUACAGUGUCUACGAACGGAACAAUCCCCGCCGGGCGACACCACUUCCCCACAGUCUGUCAGUGCCGCCCAGUACUGACAACCCCAGUCUGACCGCAAAACCCCAGCUGAAUCGCACACAGCGAAUUAAUUCAGAACCUCGCCACCGGCCCACCCCCAGAAAGGUCUCCCAGCUGUAGCAUGUCAAUGGGAUUACUUUUAUGGGAAAAACUGGGACUACUUCUUUUCUUCUCUUUUUUUUUGCAGUAUCUCAUUGCAAAAUUACUGUAGGCCAGUUUAUGUAUCAUAACUGGCAAUUUCAAAAGCAAGAAGGUACAUUUACCUUUUACUUUGUCAUUUAGUAUUUUUCAAUAUUUUUGGAAGGCUUUUUCAGUCUUUUGCGUGUUACGGAACUUUCGUCAUCAGCAGGGUCUACACGAACUAUCCACGACAUGGAUUCAGAUCCUCUGAACAGGUCAGUACGGACUCACAGUCAAUUGAGAAGACUUCAAAAGUCUUCAAUGCUCGACCAUGCGUGAAACAUAAUGGCAAGCAAAAAAAACGAAGCUACCCUAGGCUUUACAGGACAGUAGAGGCAGACAGGAAAGUGGAAGAGAGAGAAGGGGAACUUGAUCAGGACAUGUGCCAAGCUGGAUACGAACCCAGCUCCUGUGAGCAGACAGCUCUUGCAUCUUGCGUUAGUGAGCUACCUUCUUCGCCACAAGAGGAAAGGAAAACAGAAUGUGCUUAUUUCGAUCAUUGAUAUUUUGCUAUUUCAAUGCUUUGAUAUUAUAUAUAGAAUCACAAUUUUAUUUUACGGUUGCAUAUAUAGUGCUUUGGUGACUAUUUUGUUAAUGGCCCUUUUAGAUGGUGAGUUACCUCUAGUUCAGUCGUAUGUAUCACACUCUCACCUAAGCUGAACUGGACUGAACUAGACAUCUCACUGUCUCUCUGACAUGCAUAUACAGCUGGAAAUGUCAAUGUAUUAGAAAAGCCAUGAAGAGAUUAUGUACGCUUUGAAAUGGCAUGUAAUUUUCAGCAAAAUCUGAAGAUCUGGCAGGUCCAUAUCCCAUUUAGAGAGCUCUGAAACCUAUUGCUAGCAAGGUAUUUUUGAUAGAAGUACAAAUUCAGUGUCUGUACAGCAUUUCUUUUCACACUACUCUUACAUAAACUGAGGUGUGCAGCAAGACCUGCAUCUCAUUUUAUCUGCUUUGUACUUUCUGGAAUGGCUAAAAGGUGCUACAUAUUUCUUAGUGUUCUUUUUAUUUUAAUGUAGCCUCGUAUCUACCGAAACUGCCUGACCGUUAAAUGUGCCAUGUGAUGAAAUUGUGUGGUCUGCGAGUAUUGUGCCAAAGAUGCAAGCAGUAUUAACUUUGUCAGUGAGAGUAGUUAGGAAAGCUUAACUGAAAUUAGCAUAACUGCUAGUGCUCAACAAUGUGUUUCUUAAACUGUGUGCAGAGGCAUAGAUCAAGACUGCAUGGGGCAUGAGCAGUACAAAGCAAUAUAACCGUAGUAGUUUGCAGAGAGUGAUAUAAACUUAAUAUAAAACAUCCUCUAGUUCUGAAAUGAGUUUCCCCUGCAGCCUAGUCUCAUAUCAGGUUGGCCUACUGCAAUUAUUUCUAAACUAGGCCUUUAUUGGGUAGAUUGUCAAAAUGGUCUUUUCAAUUUGAAAUCUGAUAGGACUUUUCGCAUUAAGAUUAGAGAUUAAAUUUGGACUUUCUUAUUUGGACUGAUCAAACACAAAGAUAAAGAGAUUAUGUUUUUUUUCUUUAUUCUAAAAAGGAAUUCGGAUAAAUUUUAUGCAUCAUUUUCAUCAAAGUAACUAAAUAAAUCCUUACUCCUUUUUAUCUUUUACAUGUACAAUGUAAUUUGUACUACCACUGAAACACCCC